AUGGCGAUACCCCCGACGAUACGAUUGGUCCGCGCGGAUGAAAGGCCAGAGUCGGUAGUAUCAGCCAUAUCGGCAGCAAUCUCUGGCCGAACCUUUAGCGACCGUGGAUCCACACAGGGAGGGACGGGGUCGCUUAUCUCAUACGAUGAACGCAACUUGAUUGCCGACCUCAUAGCAGACUUAUCUGCAAACUGCGAGACUGCCUUUUCUCGCUCAUAUACCCCAGGAGGCGGCACUUUCUCAUACUCAUCUUAUAAUUUCAGCCAAGACGAUCUUGCAGGACUGAGAAAUAUCCCGCCUAGACGAGAAGUUGCUUCCUCGUACACAGCUCGGAACCUGCGAGAGGACUUACAGGAAAUCCGGCCAUACCUCCGCGAAAGCACAAUACUGGCUUUGGAAGGCAUAUUAGCAUUGGAUAUUAUGGGACCUAGAGAUCUACGGCCAAGAACAGCAGAACUUACACGAUUCAACUAUAUGCCGGAGGUUCCAGAAAUGCCCGAAAUGCCAGACAUGAGGGACUCAUACCAGUCGUCGAAACGCUCAAGUUUCUCCAGCCCGAUCAGCGUCAAAUUUCAGGAUGACCUAAAUGGCUCAAGCUAUAGCCUACCACAAAAGCCCAAAAGUACGCGAAAGAACAACAGAAGGAGUCAGCUUCGAGAAUCACAAUUAGCGGACAACGACCCCGAUGAUACAGCGCCCGGAGCGGAUAUCGGACGACAACCGAUGCUACCAGCGGGUACCUAUCCAUCACCAGCGAAGACGGCAAUCAUCAUGGUCUCUUUAUAUAUCUCCAUCUUCCUAGUCGCUCUUGACAGAACGAUCAUGGGCCCUGCGAUUCCCGCUAUUACCAACGAGUUUGAUAGUCUAAGCGACAUUGGAUGGUACGGCAGCGCCUACAUGCUCACAGCAGCUGGUUUCAUUUUGCUAUAUGGACGCAUAUACACUUUCUUCCAGACAAAACCCGUCUUUCUAUCCGGCAUAUUCCUGUUUGAGCUUGGAAGCCUGAUAUGCGGCGCGGCGCAGAACAGCAUGAUGCUCAUCAUCGGGCGCGCGAUCGCAGGUCUCGGUAGCAGCGGCAUUUUUACCGGUGCGAUUCUGAUCAUGCUGAACACUGUUCCGCUCGAAAAACGCCCCAUAUUGCAAGCUCUCUUCGGCGCAUGCUUCGGCGUCGCAAGUGUAGCAGGUCCACUACUCGGCGGUGCCUUUACAGGAAGCAAGGCCACAUGGAGAUGGUGCUUUUGGAUCAACCUGCCACUGGGUGGCCUGACAAUCUUAGUGGUGUGCUUCAUGCUCAAGUUGGAGGAGCAGAAGCCAAAAUUGAAAACCUGGGGAGAAACAAUAAAAAACCUGGACCCGCUCGGCACUGCGCUCUUCCUCCCCUCCAUCACAUGUCUGCUUCUGGCACUAGAAUGGGGUGCGGCCGACUAUCCGUGGUCUUCUCCAAGAAUUAUCGCCCUUCUCACCGUCUUCGCGCUGCUGCUCAUACUUUUCAUACUAUGGCAGUACUUCACUCGCAACACUACUGCAACAGUUCCUGCACGCAUCAUAACCCAACGAAGCGUGUUCUUUGGCGGCGCAUCUCAAUUUUGCGUUGGCGCAACCAUGCUCACGGUGUCAAUAUACAUCCCUCUUUGGUUCCAGGCCAUCAAAGGUGUCUCAGCGAUGCAGUCCGGCAUAAACACGAUCCCGCUCGUACUCUCGGUUGUCCUCGGCUCCAUCAUGUCCGGAGCUCUCGUGCAACGUAUGGGCUACUACACUCCGUUCAUGAUCAUCGGAUCUGGUAUGAUGGCGGUUGGUACUGGCUUGCUAACUACGUGGGACAUGAACACCAGUACCGGCUUGUGGAUCGGAUAUCAAAUCAUCGUCGGCUUCGGGGUUGGAUGCACUAUGCAGCACCCGAAUAUUGCAGUGCAGACGGUAUUGCCAAAGCCCGAUGUGCCGAUCGGUACAGCAGUGCUUUCGCUCUGCCAGACGCUGGGUGGGGCAGUUUUUGCGGCUGUCGGGCAGAACCUGUAUAUCAGCAAAUUUACUGCCGGCCUGAAACAUAUCGGUGGUCUCAAUCCUCAUCACAUACUGAACGGAGGAGCUACAGACUUGACGAGCGGACAACCCCCGGCGGUGAAACAUAUGAUUCUGGCAGCCUACAACAGCUCAUUGACCCAAGGCACAUUCUUUGCCGCGCUCAUCGUCGCUUGCCUGGCGGUACCAGCUGCGAUAGGAAUGGAGUGGCGGAGCGUGAAAGUCAAGCGCCCGACACGAGACGAGGAAAAGCAAGGGCCCAGUCGGAAUCAGACAGUCCCGCGCGGUAUACUAAAAGCACCAAACAUCAGCCCGAGUCGACAAAGUUUGACCAAGAUCCCCACGCCACCACCGAUAUUGAAGAAGACCUAUCGGUCUAGUGGAAAUUUCUCGUCCUAUCUCACGGCGAAGAUCAAUCCGGAUCUCCGUGAUUCAUUGAUGAUGACUGGGCCUAGGUAA